AUGAACAGUGAAUUUUCAGUUGGUUUAAGUAAUACGAUAUCAUCUUUAUUUAAAGAUGAUGAAGAUUAUCAAAUUGUACAAGCAUCAGAACUUUUAACAUACCUAUCAAAUAAAGGAUUUUACCCGCCAUUAGUAAUUCAAAAUAUAAUGAUUGAUAUAUUAGAAUCAGAGAGAUCAAAUGAUCCAGCAGUUGUUUAUAAUAUUAUUAAAGUUUUGAAUAGUUUAAAAGAUGAAGGUUAUCGUAUUGAGUUAGAGAAUUGGGAUUUAAUUAUAUCAGUAUUCAUUUCAUUGAAUAUUCAUUUAUCAAGACCAAAUUCAUCAUCACCACCUACUACUACCACCACCACCACUACCACUGGUGAAAGAGCAGGUAAAAAAUUAAAAACAGAGUCAUCACCAACAUUAUCGUCAUCGUCAUUGGCUACAAGUUCAAGAGGUGUAAAUACAGUAAGUGAUAGUGUUGCUAAAAUACCAUUUUUAAGCUCAAAAGUUUUAGCAACUUAUUUUAUAUCAAUAUAUGAAUCAAUGAAUAUGGUAACAUCAUCUUUCACUGAUAGUCAUCCACUUCAUCGUUUAUUUAAAGUUGGUAAUAGAGCUCAUAUAUUAUUUAGUGAAGUAAUGUCAAUCAUUGAUAAUUGUGAUCAUGAUACAUUAAGAGAAAUGUCAAAAUUUGUAACACUUAUUUAUAGAGGUGGAAAAAGUUGGGAAGAUAGUAUAUUACCGUCAAUAAGUCAAGGAUUUAGAAAUAUUAAAAGAUGUUAUAGAAGAGCUUUGUUUUGUCAAUUAAUGCCAUUUGGUGAUGAAAAAACUAAAUUAUUGAAAGGAAUGUUAGAAUAUUUUUAUCCAACUGGUUCAGGUAAUGAAUUUGUUGGAUUUAAUAAAAGAAAAAGAGGUGGAACUAAAGAAUUGAUCGAAGAGUUAACACCAUGGUUUAAGAAAAUCAGUACAAAAGCAAUAAAACACUGUAGUAAAACUCCAUCCUCUGAUGAUCAAUUCUAUGAUAGCUACAAUUAUCAUGAUAAUCAAAAUGAUGAUAAUGACACAAACUAUUUAAAUCUAGAGAGUCCAAUCGGUGAGAUUGAAGUAUUUGUAAUUAUGAUUUGUCAACUUUUUCAAUCGACAAUCAUUUCGUCAACAAAACAAUAUGGAUUAAAAUUAAAAAAUCAAGUUCAAAAUAAACAACAACAACAACAACAAAAACUUACAAGUAUAAUUAAAGAUGAAGAUAAAAAUGAAAAAGAGAACAAAUCUGAAAAUGAAGAAAAAGAAAAAGAAAAAGAAAAAGAAAAAGAAAAAGAAAAAGAAAAAGAAAAAGAAAAAGAAAAAGAAAACGAAGAAGGAGAAGAAGAUAAUGGUGAUCAGCUACCAUAUCAAGUACCAUGGCAAACAGUGUAUGAACAAUUUAAAGAAUUUUCAAAAACUAUUUUAACAACUUGUGAAAAGAUUUGUAAAAAUCGAACUUUAAUUGAAUCCAAUCUAAAUGGUGUUGAAACUAUAUUAAAAUUUAAAUCCACACCAUAA